AUUCCUUGUCCUCGACCGUCACGUCCUUACAACCAACAUUGCAACCACUGCCGGUCGACACUCUGCUCCAGCAGCAUCUAGCAUCGACUCAAGGGAGUGGUAGUGUAGGAACUGGACCGGGAGUUGACCCAGCACUAUCUUCAUCUAGUGGAGGGCAGCAAAUGCUGUCUUCCAGUUCAUCUAUACCUAGAAGUGUAGCUGGCGCAACGAAUAGUAACAAUGCUGCAUCUACUGGAGGCAACCUGGGAUCGUCGAUGUUUCAGCAGCAGUUAGGAGGAAGCAACGGCGUCAGCGCCAGCAGUAACUUUGCGGAUCAGCAAUUCUUGGCGUCCUCGUUGCAACCUGGUGGUUGCGAUAAUUCAUCUUCGUCCUUGGGACUCCCGUCAACAACGAGCUGCAACAAUGUUGAACUGCAACAUAUUCUGAAUAUGAACACUCUAGAUCAAUCGAUGCAGCAGAACAACCAAAAUAUGAUCAACAAUUUGUUAUCAUCGACGAGUAGUCCUCCAGGAGCAUCAGUUUCAUCAGGAGCAACUACUUCUUGUCCGCCACUGCUGUUAGCUGGUACGGGAACUGGUAACG